AUGGCGGCAAUCCAUCUCUCGGCCACCGGCGCCUGCUCCUGUGCCCCCAGUAAUCCCUCCUUCCCCUUCCCUUCUCGUCCUUCUGCUCGCUCCCAAAGGGUCGCCGCGUCCAAUCGCUCCUUCCUAUUGAGCUCCGCUUGCCUCGGCGGUCGGUCCGGAAGUGUCCUCCGCACCGCGUUCACGGGGCGCCGCCAUGGAGAUAGGCGUCGUGCUGCCGGACAAUCGUCGACGGUCUUCAUUUGCGCCGUCGGGAAGCUUUCGGAGGCGGACCUUCUCCCUGUCCCUGCUGAGCCAGAGGGACUGGAGGGGAAGAUCCCCUCUGGUGCCGGGGUUUAUGGGGUCUACGACGGCAACGGCGACCUCCAGUACGUCGGAAUAUCCCGUAAUCUAGUAGGCAGCAUUGGUUUCCACCGGAAGACUGUUCCCGGCCUCUGCCAUUCUGUAAAGGUGAUGCGAUCUGGCUCCUCAGUUGCGUAUUUUAUUGAUCGUCAUGUCAGUUGCAUCCGUCUCCUGUGAUUCCCUCUGCUCAUGAAAUUGAUCUAUAAUUUGAUUUAUUUUACCGGUUUUUGGUGGGAACUUUGACGAGUUUAAUUAAAGAACGUCACUACCUUCAUCUUCGGAAUGUCUAACCUGGUCAGAAGUUAAGGUCUUGAUCUUCCGUAUUUAGUCGGGGAAUGUAACACAAAACAGAAAAUUAAGGGUUUCUUUAUUCUUUCCUGCUUCAUGCUUAGUGAGCAAGUGAUGAUUGUCCAUGGGUGAACCUGACUUAAUGAGUUGACAAAAAAACAUUGUUCGAGUGCGCUUUCUCUUACUCUCAUCAGGAUUAUCUCGAUUUUUUGUUUAUUUUUUUGGUCACAAUAUCUUGUCGAAGGGGAUAAAUCAUUUAUUUCGGAGGUAAAAACUUGAGCCGGUUUUUCUCCCGAAAAAGUUGCGUUUCUUGUUUGCUAAUUUCUUCUGUACACAGGAACUGAUUGCAUUGUGUUCCAUUGUAAGCAAGCAUAUCAUCAUAAUGUCAGGUGUAAAUAUUUCAAAAGCAUGAACAAGUUGGUAGUGAACUAAGUUCAACGUUGUUAUUAUUUUUUUCCUUCUGGGGGUAUCUUCUAUCUUCUGACUUUCGAACCUUUCUAAUAUUGUCGUAAUAUAUUUUCUAUUUUAUUCUCACGUGUUGAAGCAGGUUGAUCUCAUACCACCUUUUCAAACGUUUUAUUUUCUAUUUUAUUGUGGUUAUUUUUUUUACUAUAUAUUGUGUUGUAUUUUAUUUUCAGCCAAUUGUCAUAUGUUUAUCUAUAAAUUGUCUGUUCUUUCGUCGAAUGCCCAUCUCUACACCAGUAGAUAUCUUUGUCAUUUGUGUAGAUGAAGUGGAGGGAUCAUGGGGAGAGCGCUUCUGACAAAAAUAUUCCAGAGUAAAUGGGCAAUAGUUUGGAGAAAUUGGUUGCUGUAGAUUUAUCUCACAUAAAUCAGAAAACAGACCACAAACCGGGAUAACAGGAGAGAGAGAGAGAGAGAGAGAGAGCAUUCAUUUAGUGUGAAGAGUGGACCACUUGUGUACGCAGAGAUUCCAUCUGGGUGAUCACAAAGAUGAGCAUUUUCCUCGUAGGAAUCAAGGAAUGCUGUUUAUUUGGGGGAGAAGAGGGAGAGAGAGAGAGGGAGGAAGGGAGGGAGGGAGGGAGAGGGAGGGAGGGAGAGGGAGGGAGAGGUAGAGGGAGAGAGAGAGAGAGUGUGAAGGACAAGGUUCAGUGGGGAGGUGGUGAGUAUGGCAAAGGGACCGAGAAGAGGGGGAGGAUCGAUCCUCUGUUCAAUCUCAGCACUCAGCUUGCCUUAUUUGUGAUUUUUUUGUCCUUGAUGCUGAUUUCUGUCCGGAACGUUCGUCAGAAAAAUCCGCAUUUGAGCAGCCACUUCACUUGGUCCAUCGGAAAAAAUUACUUUCUUCCGCGUUGACUCAUGGUUGAACAUUAGGAACAGAGUCAAAGAUAUAUGAGAGAACUAGUUUUGACCCACCAAUUGGUCCCCGCUGACAUCUACCUUUCAUCCUUCUCUCUAGGUCGGCCUCGUCGACGGCGCUGCCGCCGCCGCCGAUCGGACGGUCCUGACUGAGGCCUGGAAAUCUUGGAUUCAAGAGCACAUCGACGCCACCGGCCAGCCCCCGCCGGGUAACCUGUCGGGGGACGACACGUGGACACGGCGGCAGAAGGCCAAGCCCAGCCUCCGCCUCACCCCCGGCCGCCACGUGCAGUUGACCGUCCCGUUGGAGGACCUAAUUGAUCGGCUGGUGAAGGAGAACAGGGUGGUGGCCUUCAUCAAAGGAUCGAGAAGCGCCCCCCAGUGCGGCUUCUCCCAGAGGGUGGUGAGCAUCCUCGAAUCCAACGGCGUUGACUUUGAGAGCGUCGACGUGCUCGACGAAGAGUACAACUUCGGGUUGAGGGAGACCCUCAAGGCCUACAGCAACUGGCCGACCUUCCCGCAGAUCUUCGUCAAGGGAGAGCUCAUUGGCGGGUGCGAUAUCCUCACCGCCAUGGAGACCUCCGGGGAGCUCUCGGCGCUGUUCAAGAACUAG